AUGAAGUCUCCUCCAGCCCAGCGCCCGGCGGGGCAAGCGCCGGGGGAGGACGGCGGGGGUCUGGCGGAGGCUCUGGGCGAGUUCGACGCGGUGCUGGCGGAGUUCUCCUGCCCCGCCGGCCGGCGCCGCUUCUUCUACGGCGAGCACCUGGAGCGCAUGAAGCGGCGGAGCAGCGCCAGCGUCAGCGACGGCAGCGGCCUCAGCGACUCCGAGAGGACUGUCCGCUGUGUCUCGAUAACCAGAAUCACCUGGAUAGAGCGAGCGAGCCAAAACGUGCUUUCCACAACGGGUGCGGAUUCCCUCUACAGAAAUAGUUUCAGUCUCAGUGAUGAAAGGCUCAACUCUUCAACUGCAUCUACUCCAAGCUUGCCAUCCCCUUCAGUAACUCCUUGUAAAGCAAAGCUUGGAGACACAAAAGAACUGGAGGACUUCAUUGCUGAUCUUGACAGAACACUAGCAAGUAUUUUCCCAGUAGUUCUUGAAGGUAUGUGA